AUGAAGUAUUGGGUGUUUUGGGUAAUUUUCCAACAGCCUGACAAAAGCUAUGUCAGACUCUGGAAUGGCUUGCCAGAAGAGAGAAUGGGAGGAGAUGGAGGAAUAAGUUUCCGGCAUCUCAACGAAAACUUUGUCAAACUUUGGAAAAGUUUACCAAAAGGGAAAAUGGGGAGAGAUGGAAGGAUGGGGCUCGAAAUUGCAGAGGUUUUAGAGCUCGACAAAAACUCUGUCAAACUUUGGAAAAGUUUACCAAAAGGGAAAAUGGAGAGAGAUGGAAGGAUAGGGCUCGAAAUUGCAGAGGUUUCAGAUGUGAGAGAUAAAUUUUGCUCUCUAGAUGUAGGUUGA